AUGGAAUACCCAGACGUACCAACCCGCGAUUCGUCGCCCUCACCCCCGCCAUCCCCGACGCUGGACCGGCCUGCCUCGCCCGAGCUGCCGCUGACCAUGACGGCGUCGGCCAUUCUCACGAGCCUGCCGCAGGACGCGAGCUCGGCCCUCGCCAGCGCCGGCGACUUUGGCCAGCAGGAAAAGGUCGUGGUCCGCUUCAAGGCCGUCGGCUCGGCCCCGCAGCUCCAGCGCGAGGUGCGCAAGAUCAGCGCCGCCCAAAAGUUUGAGGCCGUCGUCUCGCACCUGCGCAAGGCCCUCCGUGUCGCUCCCACCGAGGGCUUGUUCUUGUAUGUCAAUAGCGCCUUUGCGCCGGCGCUUGAUGAGGUUGUGGGCAACUUGCAUCGGUGCUUCAAAGACUCAAACGAUCAACUGAUUGUGGUCUAUUCUAUGACGCCAGCCUUUGGUUGA